AUGCAGUGCGGAUUUGCCUUUUUGGAAGCUGGUGCUGUGAGAUCCAAAAACACGAUUAAUAUCCUUGUUAAGAAUAUGCUGGACGUCUUCAUCGGCGGCAUAUCCUACUGGCUGGUCGGCUACCCUCUGGCCUUCGGCGAGGGCAAUGCCUUCUGCGGCGCCUCCUACUGGGCAUCGUCAGGCCUUCCCGAGGACCGCCUUGCUCACUGGUUCUUCCACUUCGUCUUCUCCGCCACCGCUGCCACCAUUGUCUCCGGAGCCGUGGCUGAGAGGUGCGACCUUAGCGCCUACGUUGCGUACUCCGUGGCUCUGACAGGCAUAGUCUACCCGAUCAUCAGCCACUGGGCUUGGGCACCGGGCGGCUGGCUCUUGUCCCUCGGGUAUCGGGAUUUCGCAGGAUCCGGCGUCGUUCACGUGACAGGGGGCGUGGCUGCUCUGGUGGGGGCGGUCAUGCUGGGUCCGCGCCACGCCCACUUCGGUACCGGGAGACGGGUCAUACGAGGUCAUUCGCUACCGCUAACGGCAUUCGGAGGUUUCAUCAUCCUCUUCGGUUUCCUGGCAUUCACCUGCGGAUCACAAGGCAGCAUCACGCGAGAGGGAGACGCACAGGUAGUGGGGAGAGUCGUCUUUAACACCGCGCUCUCUGGCUGUUCGGGGGGAGUCUGCGCUCUGCUUUUGCACAGGACGGGUCGGCGGCGCUCUCAGGCUUGGUCGUUCCUCAUGGCGCUCAAUGGGGCCAUGACUGGUAUGGUAUCGAGCUGUGCCGGCUGCAACGCCCUUCGUCCGUGGGCGUCCUGUCUCACGGGCGUCGCGGCAGGACUGGUCUUCUUCGUCGGACACCACCUCCUGCUUCGGCUCAAUGUUGACGACCCUCUGGACGCCGUCGCGGUCCAUCUUGGAGGAGGGCUCUGGGGCCUUGCUGCUGCGGCCCUUCUGCAGGAUGGGGGUCUGUUCUACGGCGGGUCAGCUGGUCUCCUGGUCUGGAAUCUCGUGGGUGGUCUCGCCAUCGUGGGCUGGUCUGGCGGUCUGAGUUUCCUGGUCUUCGGCGCCCUCAAGCGGUCGGGGAAUUUGAGGGUCUCUUUGGCUGUGGAAGUUCGGGGUCUGGAUCUCGCCAAGCACGGGGAAGCAGCUUAUCCAGCAGAGGCAUGGGAAGAGUCACAAUACUUCUGUCACAUUUCAUCGGGCUCUGACCAUCGCGCCCGACCUCCACCAGGGUACCCCAAAUACCCAACCUUCCCCCCUACCCGCCGCCCACGUGCCCAAAGCCACGAUCACUACCAGCGCCCACAGAAAGACGCCCACGAUGCCCACGGCGCCCACAAGGAGGAGGACUCAUCCAUCAGAGCUACUGAUAUGAAGAGGAGAGAUUCACAAGGGGAAUAUUACGAGAAAAUUGCCAAGGAUGGAGACGCCGUUUAG